AUGAAAGAUUUGAAGGGCCACCAAAUUCGACCAGCGAUAAUAGUCCUAACGAUGAACGACCAAGUAAACGAUAGCGCGGCCAUAGAAUCAUUCACUCUCCAUAUCCCACAGGGAGACAUUGACGAUUUGAAGCGGCGCAUUGCUCAAACGAGAUGGGCAGACAAAGAGGUGACCGAUGGAGGAUUCCAGGGUACGCCUUUGAGCAUAGCUCAAAAGGUAGCGAGUUACUGGAAAGACGAAUAUGAUUGGCGGCGUUUUGAGCGAGAAGUCAACCAGUAUCCCCAAUAUACAACAAGGAUUGGCAAUUUGAGCAUUCACUUUUUCCACAUUCGCUCCAAUGAGCCUAAUGCAAAGGCAAUUCUUCUCACACAUGGCUGGCCAGGGUCGUUUGUUGAGUUUCUGAAAUGCAUUCCGUUACUCAUUGAUCCUGCUUCGAAUGGCGGUCGCUCUGACGAAGCUUUCCAUGUCGUUAUCCCCAGUUUACCUGGUUGGGGUUUUACUGAGCCACCGAAAGAAGUUGGAUGGAAUAUGGAGCAUACGGCCAAAGCUCUCGUUACAUUGAUGGAGCAACGCCUCGGUUAUGAGAAAUGGUUUGCGCAAGGUGGUGAUUACGGGGCCGCAAUAACGACAUUGAUGGCGCAAAUGCGACCUAAGGGCCUUGUGGCCAUUCACUUGAAUCUCCUUCUAUCCAUCCCCAAAACGCUUGAAAAUCCGACAGAUGAAGAGAGUAGGGCAUUGGAAGCAUUCCAUAUUACGCAGAACGAGAUGAGUGGAUGGAAAUGGAUCUCGAGUACAAGGCCGCAGACGAUUGCGUAUCUUCUCUCUGAUUCAGCAGUGGGCCAAGCGAUGUGGAUCUACGACAAAUACCAAGACUGGACUGAUAACUCCGGUGAUCCAGUAGAUGCGCUUACACUUGAUGAAAUGUUGGACAAUAUCAGUGUUCAUUGGUUUUCACGAAGCGCUGGUUCCAUAUCAAGAGUAUUUUGGGAGGAUAGACACUUCAACUUUGACUUUGGACUUGUUGAUAUGCCGGUUGCGAUACUCGUCUUUGAGAAGGAUAUAUUCAAGCACCCUAAAAAGUGGGCUGAGAAGGGUUACCCAAACAUGAUUCACUUUCACACGGUGGACAAAGGCAAACAUUUUGGAGCUUUUGAGAGACCCGAAAUAUUAGUUAAAGAUAUUCGUUUAGGUUUUGCUAAUAGGUAG